AUGGAAACCCGAGAGGAAAAGCUCGCGAGAUGGGUCGACCCUCCAAAGAACGAACAAACCAGCCUCAGGGUCCUGACGGGUUCGCUUUCGCUCAGUGCAGACGGCUCGGUGAAUGCUGUACGCAUCUCCGACGACAAGAUCCAAUAUGAUCAGAUCGAGGACCAUCUCUUGAAGACUCACAGCAACAACAAAACCGACGACAGCCUCUGGCACUUCCGCGUCCUCUCCCUCCCCCGCCUCCAGAACGGCCGACUCGUCCUCUCCCUCCCCAAGCCCACCUUCCACCAGAUCCAAUCCUCCUGGCAUCUCCACCCGCGCACCACCGAAGUCUUCCUCUCCAACAACGGCGUCCUCGCCACCUUCACCUCCCCCAGCAACCAUCCCGAUACCAUCACCACCAGCCGAACCUCGCUCCUCCUCAAAGUAGCCAACUCCCGCUCCACAGGCUUCGACUGCGCCUCCAUAACCCUCGACCCCUCCCGCCGAACAACGUACAUCCUCUACCACCACCUAACCGACGAGCCCUCCGUCUUCGCCACCCUCCUCUCUUCCCCGGAACUCUGCAUUACCCCCCAUUUCUUCGCCUUUGCCCUCUACCGCUCGCACCACCAGCACAUCGAAGUCCACCGCAACACCAUCGACGACACAAUCCAGCGGAUUGAGCGGGAGACAAAGUACGGCAACCCGGGCAAGCUGAUGGCUGCUACUGUUACAGGGGAGAUGGGGCCGCGGCCCAGUUUGGACGGGUGUUUUGUGCUGGAGGACCCGAGGCGGACGAUUCAGAGGCUGAGUUAUUGCCAGACGGAUCUGGCAGUUGUGGGGCAUGUUGCGAGGUGUGGGUUGGAGUUGGGGGGGUGGAUUGUGCAAGGUGCUGAUGACAGUGGCUACGGGGAGGUCAAGGACGGUGCAUGUGGCGAUGCUUUCUCCAAGAGUUUGAAGGCUGCGCGGGUGGUGGUUCGGGAAGAGGUGGAGUACAUCCGCAGGCGGACGGCCAUGCUGCUGUCGCAGGUGGAGCAGAUGAUGCAGAGGGCGCAGAGCCAGACUGAUUUCAUGCUGAGCAAUAUCACGCAAAACGACGCCGAGUACACGGCCGCGAUAGCCGUCGACGGCAAGCGCGACAGCAUCGCCAUGAAGACCAUCUCGAUCCUCGGCAUCGUCUACCUGCCGCCGACCUUCGUGGCGACCCUGUUCAGCAUGGGCAUGUUCGACUGGGGCACCGGUGCUGCCGGCGGCGAGGGAUCGUCUAGUGCGCUGAGGACGUCGCCGAGUAUCUGGAUAUACUUCGUGGUGGCGGUGCCGCUGACGCUGGCGACGUUCCUUGUGUGGAUGCUCUGGGCGAGGAGAGAGAACCGGAAGACCAGCCAGCGGUUCAGGGUGUAUCGCACCAGGACUGUAGAGAGCCUCGGCACGGCUGCUGCUGCAGAGAGCACCGUCGGUCUCGUUUCUGGUGAGAAGAUGGUGUGA